CACAAUCUUCAGCCUUCAGUUAGGGUUUGAAAAACCCGCAGCACUCUAAACUUUCCUCCAAAACUCGGCGCUCAGUCUUCUGUCUCUAGGGCUUUCAAUCGAGAUCAUCAGGAACUGAAGUCAUGGUGCACGUCUCCUUCUAUAGGAACUAUGGGAAGACGUUCAAGAAACCUCGACGCCCUUAUGAGAAGGAGCGUCUGGAUGCAGAACUGAAGCUUGUUGGUGAAUACGGACUUCGGUGCAAAAGGGAGCUAUGGCGGGUUCAAUAUGCACUGAGCAGAAUCCGUAAUAAUGCACGUAUGCUUUUAACACUUGAUGAAAAGAAUCCGCGUAGGAUUUUUGAGGGAGAGGCGCUGCUUAGGAGGAUGAACAGGUACGGCCUUUUGGAUGAGAGUCAGAACAAGCUUGAUUAUGUGUUGGCACUUACUGUGGAAAAUUUCCUUGAGCGUCGUCUACAAACUCUCGUGUUCAAGUCUGGAAUGGCAAAGUCCAUCCACCAUGCUAGAGUGCUCAUCAGGCAGAGGCAUAUAAGGGUUGGGAGGCAGGUGGUUAAUAUCCCAUCUUUCAUGGUGAGAGUUGAUUCUCAAAAGCACAUAGACUUCUCUCUCACAAGUCCAUUCGGCGGUGGACGCCCCGGAAGAGUGAAGAGAAAGAACCAGAAGGCAGCUGCCAAGAAGGCCGCUGGUGGAGAUGGAGACGAAGAAGAUGAGGAUUGAGUUGAGAUGGUAAAGAUUUAGCCGAAAGGAAAGGAUCUCAGGUAUCUGAACCUCCCUGAUGGGAUGUUACAUCUUUUACAAGUUUUGCUUUAAUUACUUUUCAUUGGAGAUUUUGUGUUCUUUGGUGGUGGACUAGUUUUUGAUCUUGGGACAAUCUUCUCUUUUGUUUUAGUUGCCAUAGUUUUGAUGCUAUUACAGGACUUAUUUUCUCAAUUUUCCUUUGCAUUAUGAAUUUAUUGAGUUUAUUUGAUACAAAUCUGGUGGCUGGGCUUAUAUUAUAUUCAGGAAUCUGAUGCAUUGUAAUGUUUUAUUGAAUUCUAAUUCCACCACUCCGGAGUUCUUCAAA